GAGUUAUCAGAGGUGCGCCCGUGCUCUUCAGCGGAGAAAAUCCCCUACCUGGCCACUGGCCACUUUCUGUGGGCUGUGGGGUCCCCAAGGAGACGGCCCUUGGGCUCAGGGGCUGCGUUUCCAAACGCGCCUUUCCCAGGGCUCCCGCGCCCGUUCCUGCCUGGCUCCAACAGCGGCACAAGGCGGGACUCAGGACAGGCAUUCAGGGCCGCCAGCGGCCGCGAGGCCCUCAGAUGGGGGCUCCAAAGACCCCGACAGGCCCCGGCGGGGUGGGAGGCGCGCGCCCCGGGGCAGGCGGGGCUCCCCCUACCGGCCAGACGCGGGGAGCGGCGCGCGGAGGCUGCGAAGGUUCCAGAAGGGCCGGGAGGGGGCGUCGCGCGCUGACCCUCGCAGGGCGCCGCUGGGGACGAUGGCGCUGCUCGCGUUGCUGCUGGUCGUGGCCCUGCCGCGGGUGUGGACAGACGCCAACCUGACUGCGAGACAACGAGAUCCAGAGGACACCCCACAGACAGACGAGGGUGACAAUAGAGUGUGGUGUCACGUCUGUGAGAGAGAAAACACUUUCGAGUGCGAGAACCCAAGGAGGUGCCAACGGACAGAGCCAUACUGCGUUAUAGCGGCCGUGAAAAUAUUUCCACGUUUUUUCAUGAUUUCGAAGCAGUGCUCCGCUAGUUGUGCAGCGAUUGAGAGACCCAAGCCAGAGGAGAAGCGGUUUCUCCUGGAAGAGCCCCUGCCCUUCUUUUACCUCAAGUGUUGUAAAAUUCGCUACUGCAAUUUAGAGGGGCCACCUAUCAACUCAUCAGAGUUCAAAGAAUUUGCUGGGAGCGUGGGUGAGAGCUAUGGUGGGCUGGGGCUGGCGGUCCUCCUGCUGCUGGCCUCCAUUGCAGCUGGCCUCAGCCUGUCUUGAGGCACGGGACUGCCACGGACUGAGCCUUCUGGAGCAUGGACUCGCUCCAGACCAUUGUCACCUGUUGCAUUAAACUUGUUUUCUGUUGAUUA